AUGCUGUCGCUGCUGUUUCCGGGGGCUGGCUACAUCGCCUGCGCAAACGUAUCUGGAGCUAUCUCAUUCAUGAUCACCUGGGCUGCGAUGCCACUAUGCCUUCUGGUCUGGUUUGGCGCCGGAGGAGUCAUUUUCCCCCUGCUCUUGUGGGCUUCGUCAGUCGGAGGCGCGUACGCGUCUGCAGCAACGGAUAGUGUAUUUACAAAGGCUGACAUCGUUGCGACUGCGAUCUGGAUAUCUUCCAUAGUGUAUUUCAAUCGCAGCUCUGCCCAAGAGCGUGCGCGUGGUAACCUGAAGCGGGCUGAACGCAACCGGUACCUCCCAGAAGAACUUCAGCGGAUUGAAGCGCAGGCGCAACCAGCCGACCCUGACGACGAGCGUGAGCUGACUCUUGACGAGCUGCGAAGAGUCCAGCUCAUCUUCGACAUGGGCCUUCAGGGCAUCGACGACUUUUCCAACUUCACAAUCAUCGACCCAAUUCCAGCCCGCGGCCCUAAGAUAUCAGCUCUAUGA